CUUAGCUAACAUUUAACAACCACAGGAAGCAACCACUGCAUCAAACAUAUCAUCAUCACCCAGUGAGAAAAGUCAUUCAUAAAGAUAUCCAGCAAAGCACAAGCAAGUACCAAGAGAAGUAUCAGAGCUGUGUGGCUAUGACAGAGGCAUGAAGGGGAUGUGAAGGUUAAUCCGCAGCAUCUCUAGAAAGACAGAAGCACAGAGAGAGGGAGAGAGAGAGAGAAGUGCACACACUGAACCCAUCACAGCCACUGGCUGUUGAUCUGAGCUCUGUAUCCUUGGAUUCGUCACUAACAAGGGAACAGCGAUGAAUUAUGCUACCGUGCAACAGACUUAGUUUCAGUUUUUAAAUAUGCAGAAUACCAACAAUGCUUAGAUACAAAAUUUCAUCAGGAUGGUUCUUCUUAAACUGCUGAAUCUUCUGGCUCCACUCUAUUUCCUCUGCCUGCUAUCAGUUACUUUAUCCAUUCAGUUCUUCUUACUACUUCCUGGCAUAAGUGGGGAAACUUCAUCUACCUUGUCUUUCUCUGGUUUUAUUCACAAUUCCCUCUUUGUUGUUUUACUUGUCAAUGUGUUGGGAAAUUAUAUACUGACAAUCUGGAAGAGUCCUCAUGGCAAUGCAAUGUAUGCAGAAACUGAGCUAUCAGGAAAACCAUUUUGCCAUCUUUGUGCCCGGGUGAUGGGCGAACAGGAACAUCACUGCUUUUUCACAGGAACAUGUAUAGGACGCAGCAAUCUUCGUAGCUUUGUUCUGUUUUGCCUGCAUGCUUCCUGCAGUUGUUUUCAUGCUAUGGUGGUUGGAGUGGGAUAUAUUUCAGAAAGCAUCUCUCUCUCCUUAUACGAUCCUAUGACCUUCCUAAGGCUGCUGCCUCUCUCUAUUACUCGAUUUUUCUCAGGAACCCUCCUCAGCUCAGAGAUGUUAGUGGUCCUCAUGAUCUACCUCUGGUUUGGAGUGGGAGUAGCAUGUGCUGCCUUUUGCUGUCACCAUCUAAUUUUAAUCUGCAGAGGAUCUAAUGGUCAACAAUUUCAUACAGCAGAGAUCCGCAUAACCAAUGGCAAAGAAAACCUGCAGAGAGUAUUUGGAAAGAAGUGGCUCUUUGCAAUUUUUGUCCCACAGCCAAAGAACAAAUGAGCUAGUUUGUGCUUAAAUCCAUUGGCUGUUGUAAUGCCUAUAGAUCAGCCAUAGUGCUAGUCUACCAGUAAUAGCAAUCAAAAUCCCCUUGCAGCUCUGAAUAGUUAAUGAAAACCCAUUACUAAUAUAUAAUAAGAUACUAAUUUUGCUGAUAUUUAGGCUAUCUUUACCGACCAAUACUGAUAGCAAGAUUGCGGUACUAGACUUAAAUAGCAUACUUGUUACUCACUCUCUUGUUCACUCUACUGAGGGAGGGACUGUUACCACUAUGACAAAUGGAAGGUUUUUUUAGGUUUGUAAAAAAAGGAAUGAUCUUCAAACCUAUAUAUACAUGUAUAUGUGUGUGUGUUUGUGUGUUUGUAUGUAUAUAUAUAUAUAUAUAUAUAUAUAUACAUACACACAGCAAGCCCUUAUCAAAUAGAUACAAAGUUUUUGACAUUUAUAUUUACUGACAUCAAUGUAUCACUUUGUAUCCUACUGACUUGUGGCCUAAUAUGUAUAUUUAUAUAUAGUAAUGCAAAGAAAAAAUGGUCUGCACCUACCCAUUAUCAAGGACAUAAAGAUAUUUUGUGCAUUAGAAUACUACAAAAUGCCCUCCCCUAAAACAAGGACUGUUUGUCCAUAUAUUGAUUUACAGUAUAUUUAAGUUGGCCAGCUGCCAUCACCUGAUCACCAAUCUUUCACAGGGACUGCAUUUUACCUGCAGCAUUGUUUUCCAAGUUUAAAACCCCCAAAUGGUUGCCCCUUUACUGGCCACCACUGGGAUCACCUGACUAUAGUUGGGGAAUGAUGGGAGCUACAACAUGAAACUUAAUGCACAAAGAUUCUUAAUGUCCUUGAGAGUGGAUAGGAUUGCUUUUUUUUAUUUUGUAGUACAGGUAUGGGAUCCCUUAUCCGGAAAUCCGUUAUCCAGAAAGUUCCGAAUUACUGAAAGGUCAUCUCCGAUAGACUCCGAUUAGGAGUAAAUAAUUCUAAUUUUUAAAAAGAAGAUUUCCUUUUUCUCUGUAAUAAUAAAACAGUACCUUGUGCUUGAUCCCAACUAAGAUAUAAUUAAUCCUUAUUGGAAGCAAAACAAUCUUUUGGGGUUUAUUCAAAAUUUAAUUAUUAUUUUUAGCAGGCUUAAGGUAUGCAGGUCCAAAUUAUGGAAAGAUCCCUUAUCCAGAAAACCCCAGGUCCUGAGCAUUCUGGAUAACAGGUCCUGUACCUGUAUGAAUUUUUUGGUUACAUCCUCAUUGCACCCCCACCUAAUGGUUUAGUGGUCAGCACAACUUUCUCUUUUAGCUAUAUAUAAUAAUAAUAAUCUGUUAGAAAAAGAAAAGAAUCACUGUUCUGUCCCCACAGCAAGGCCCUCUCUUUGUUCUACAUUCAUACACAGUACUCUUCUGACUGUGACUAUUUGCAGUUGUGAAAAUGCUCUGUAAAUUCAGUGAGGUCUCUUUACUUCCUUUGUUAAUACUGAAAUGCUCUCUCCUCUCUAUACUGUUAGCAAAAUCUUUUAAUCAUACAAUAUUGAUUCACUCACUUCUCUGAAUAGACAGCAAGGUUCGUGUACCAAAAGCUUAUUUUUUUCUUCAUAUCAAGCUAAACCUAUUGCUGUUUGAAGAUAUAUUUUAAUGUGUUGUUUUUGAAACUCUGUAUGGUCUACGCCUAUAAUGUGGUUCUCUCACAGGCCUGAAAGAGCAGUCCUUUUUACCCUUUACACACUUAAGCCUUGUAGUGAACUGUUAUUGUGCAGCUUAAAAAUAUACAUUAUAGUGGCACUUAAAACACAGAUCCAGUUUUCUUCAUUUGGACCUGAGGGUUGCUACUCUGCAAGUACUUCACCCCGUUAUCACAAUGCAGUAUGCAAUCAUUUCACAAAGAUAACUUUACUGCAAUAAAACACUAAGGAAGUCUGCUAGGCAGCAGUCAUUUCCUACUGUUCCAUUGUUUAGAACAAAGAGCAGCUUCAGACUCAGGGGACUCCUGCCACAUCUUGGGAAGUAAUUCUAGCAUGUGAAUAACUGACAGACUUUCAAGGCAUGAUUCAACUGCCCUGUAAGCUGUCACAUACGAUUUGUGCACUUAUGCCACAUAAUAUUAUCUUGUAGAUUCUUUCCCACAGUCAGAUGUCAGCUUAUGCGACGCAUGACUCAGCUCUCCAUUAGAAUCCGAUUCAUUUCAGUGCUUUCUUCCUUCCUCUGCCAGGAUAUUAGAGGGCAAAGCCAUGUUACCAGUACUCAUCUGAUGCUAGUGUCCACUGACAUGGCCCUGAAGCAAAAGCAGUAUCCACUCAGGACAGAACUCUUCUUCACUUAAAUCACUGUGGUAUUUUCACCUGUUGAUAAAUAAGCCCCAGGUUUUAUACAGUAAUACUUAACAAUUGUGAACAGUUUCGGACUGGCCUACCAGGAUACCAGGAAAACUCCCAGUGGGCUCAGGGGUUGUAGGCCCUCUUGCUUCUAUCUAU